AUGGAAUCGGUGCGCAAGGCCAAUCAACGUCUUCGCAACUACCCGCUCCUGCUGACCAAGUGCGCGGACAAGGCCACGGCGUAUGCGGUGUGUGUGUCGCGGGAUUUGAACGUGCAGCACAAGAUCUGCGACGCCGAGUUCAAGGAGUUCCUCGCCUGCAUUCGCAAGAGCGCCCAGGAGAUGAAGACCAAGCUGUAAGCCAAAAAUCAAUCAAUAAAACUAAGAAAAUGA